AUGGAUGUGCUUGGAGAAGACGAAGAAGAUAAUAUGGAAAUGAUGAUUAAGGCGAAAGAACAAGAGAAAAAACUGACCGAUGAGGAAAAAAUGAUGCAAGCUCCAGUGAAGCUCAUACGACAAGGUCUGAAGCUGGCAAUGAUGCUCUCUGGACAGAAUGUGACCGAUUUCGAUAAGAAGAAUAUUAACUUGCUCUCACCAUCGUUGUUCUCACUUCACGAUCAAGGGCGAGGCGUUGAAGAUAGACUGAGUUUGUCCAAAGCCAUGAAAUAUUUCGACGAACAUGGUCAUCACGAAUGGCUUAAUUUCGUUGUCGAAGCGUCUGGAGUUAGUGAUGCGCUGAAAAAGAUUCAGGAGAUGAAUGCUGUCGAACCGAGUCGAAGAAUGGAUGAGCAGUUCCGAGGCGAUAAUGGGCAACCGCUCUAUUUUACUAAGGAGAACGUAACAGAAAUGUUCGGUCAGACAGAACGCAGAAAGAUUGAGGUUUUCGAGCAAUUACAAAAAUCAUUGACACCACAACAGAUGUUAGAGAUGAACACAACCGGCUACGCAGUGAUGGACGCCGAGCAGUUGGAGCUGAUCUAUGGCGUAAAUUCGCCGUAUGGUAACUCAUCCACUCACGAAAGAUUAAAAAAUUUCUCCAGUCACGAGGUUCCAGGCAUAAUUCAUCACGUUAUUCGUGGUUUAUCAGACGAAACAUUAGCAUUCCGAGCGCAUCGCGAGCGCGAUAUUGUCUUAGCACCGCUCAUGCUUACAUCGGUAAUUAAUAAUCCAGGAUUAGUUUCUCAGCCUCUGGUCUUGUCACCGUUGCUUCUAGUUCCCGUCAUUUUAUCUCCAGCAAUUUUCGGUGCUGUUAUUCUUUCUCCAUGGGUUUUUGUUCCUGUGAUCGUAUCACCUCGCCUCAUGUCUCCUGUUGUUCUCUCGCCUGUUGUCCUGUCACCAAUCAUUCUCUCUCCUUUGGCUUUGGAUCCACUUAUUCUUUCGCCGGGAGCUUUGCUACCAUUCAUACUCUCACCCAGCGUUCUUUCACCAUUUAUUCUGUCGCCAGUUGCUCUUACACCACUUAUUCUUAGUCCUUUCUGUCUCACUCCGUUCAUUGGCAUCGCUAACCUAGUGGAGCAGUCUCAACGCGGUUUUUCGAUCAUGACGGACGAACAAAAAGAGCUGAUAUACGGUCACAACUCACCUUACAACUCUUCUGAGACGCUGAAGCGCUUGCAAUUUGUCAACAACUCCAACGGUCAAGCUCUAAUCGAGAAAGAAAUUCGCAUAAUUGCAGAGGUGAAAAACUGGAAGCUGCGUCAGCGCGAUGUCGUCGCCAGUCCCAUGGUUCUAACAUCAGGUCUGAUAGCAUCCUAUCCACUUCUUAACCAGGCUGUCAUACUAUCGCCACUCGUGCUUGCACCAGUAAUUCUGACGCCUGCUGUGCUCGGGCCAGUCAUGCUGGGACCAUGGGUUUUUGUACCUAUUAUUCUUGCUCCUCGUUUACUCUGUCCACUGUCGAUAAAUCCGUUCAUUUUUUCGCCAAUCAUACUUUCUCCGCUUGUACUUCACCCGCUCGUCCUCUCUCCCGGAAUUUUUAAUCCAACUAUCCUUUCACCGCUGGUCCUUUCACCAUUCGUUCUUUCACCGCAGUUGACAACCGCUGCAUCUGAUGCACGAGAUGAGAAAUGGAUUCAAUGCGGCGUGCUGAGGAAUGUAGUCGGCGUUGUUUCCACAAACAUUAGCAUCAGAAGUAAGUAG